AUGUCCUUUGUCAAGUCGGGGUACCUCUUGAAGGAAGGGUCGGGCCAAGGGCUCUUCCAGAAGAAGAACUGGAAGCGCCGGUACUUUGAGAUCACGUCCAGCACGCUGCGCUACUCAGUGCUGGAACAAGAUGCGAAGGCGCGCGGGCAGAUCAACCUCGAUGGGCUCUCGGGCAAGGCGAUCGAAACGCUGGCGCCGGAAACGGGCGCUGACGUGGCGCUACCAACGUCGCAGUGGCGCUUCGUUGUGGCCACGCACGACCGGCGCCUCGUC